AUGUGUUCCUUGAGCAUCCCCCUGGGCAUCCUCCUGGUACCCCCUGGGUACCCCCUGGUGCCCCCAGGAAUCCCCCUGGUACCCGCUGGCAUACCCUGGUACCCCCUGGGUACCCCCGGGUACUCCCGGACAUCCCCCUGGUUAUCCCCUAGGCAUCUACCGGGGACCCGCUGGUAUAACCUGGGCAUCCCCCUGGUGCGCCUGGGCAUCCCUCCAAUACUCCCAGGCAUCGCCCUGGUUACCCCCAGGCAUCCUCCUGGUACCCCCUGGCACGCGCACCAGCGCCUCCGUCACCGCGUACUUGGUGGCGUCGUUCGCCUGCGCGGCCUGCGGGGACGGCGCCGCCGAGCGGGGCUCAGACCCGGCACCUCAGCCCGGGAGCCCUCGUCCCGACAGCCCGACAGCCCUCGACCCAACAGCCCGACAGCCCAACAACCCUUGUCUCAACAGCCCUCAUCCCAACAGCCCUCGACCCAACAGCCCUCGUCCCAACAGCCCAACAGCCCUCAUCCCAACAUCCCAACGGCCCUAAUCCCAACAUCCCAGCAACUCUCGUCCCAACAGCCCUUGUCCCAACAGCCCUCACCCCAACAGCCCUCACCCCAACAGCCCAACAGCCCUCGUCCCAACAGCCCAACAUCCCAACAGCCCUCGUCCCAACA